AUGGAAACAGCAGCUAAGAGGAUCAGAGAGGAUGGAUUUAAGGAGCUUAAAAAGAUCUUCUUUAAACUGAAUACCUUUUAUACUUUUCUAAUUUCAAGAAAGCAUGUUUUGACGAGUUUUGAGACUUUAAAACCUCCCAUUGAGCAGGCAAUUCAUAGGGAGCUACAGGUGGAAGAUUUAAACAGGAUAGCAGUUUUGAUGAGCAAUAAUGCUGUUUAUAAGUAUAUUGAUAUGCAUCAAAUACAUACUGAGACUAAGGUGUUUGACUUUAAUAACGGUGGUUUUAAGCAGAAAGAGAGUGACAUAUUUGACAUGAAAAAUGGACCUGAUGAUGAGUACGAGGAUAGCCAGGUUCUUGUUUUUGAGUUUACAGAUGGAACUAUGGGGAACUCAUCUAGAAAGAAUAAGACUAGUAAUAUGGCUGUCCCUGAGUACACUGUUGAUCAGAUGAAAACUAUGAUAAUGAAGAGGAAGCAGGUGUUUGAUGAAAGAUUAAAGAAUUUUAUUGACAGAGCCCAAAAAGAGGGAAAAGAUGCAUGGGAAGAGCUGUGUAGUUUAGCUAAUGCUACUCUACCUCUUAAGAAAGAAUAUAUGGACCCUGUGGAUGCGAUGGUAAAGGCUAAAGAAAAGAAAUCUGAGGUUUUACUUGAUGAGGAGACGAAUACCACAAGGCCUACAAUAGAUGCUCUUAUUGAGCAAUUGAAAAGGUCUAAGAUAUAUAAUGAUCAGAUUGCGGCUUCUUACAAGCUUCCGAAAAGAGUUGCGAAGUUUGGACGCCUUAACUUUGAAGUGAAAACAGAGGUGCUGGACGCGUUUGGACACAACGAGUUAUAUUCUCAUCAAGCAGAUGCAAUAAAUGCGAUUGACGCAGGAGAAAAUGUUAUAAUCACAACCUCAACUUCGUCGGGUAAAUCUUUGAUCUACCAACUGGCGGCCAUUGACUUGCUUUCCAAGGAUCCCGAAUCAACAUUUAUGUAUAUAUUUCCGACGAAAGCAUUGGCCCAAGAUCAAAAACGGGCAUUUCAACAGAUAUUAUCAAGAAUUCCAAGUCUAUCCUCUGUUAUGGUAGACACAUACGAUGGAGAUACUAUAGCAGAGGACAGAGUUAAUAUUAGAAAAAAUGCGAGGGUGAUUUUCACGAACCCUGACAUGAUUCACGCUAGCAUCCUACCAAAUCACCCUAACUGGAGACAUUUUCUAUUACAUUUGAGAAUAGUGGUGGUCGAUGAACUUCAUAUUUAUAAGGGGUUAUUUGGGUCUCAUGUUGCGAUGGUAAUGCGAAGAUUGUUGAGAAUUACCAUGGACUUUUAUGAGAAUUCUAAGUUACAGUUUGUCUCUUGUUCAGCUACUUUGAAGAGACCAAUUGAUCACAUGAAAAAUAUAUUUGGGAUUUCUCAGGUAACCCUGAUAUCGGAAGAUGGCUCUCCUACUGGAAGCAAGCAUCUGCUAGUUUGGAAUCCCCCAAAGCUUACUCAACAUAUGCGGAAACGUGAAAAUUUUAUUCACGAAAGCGCAAAGAUAUUGGUGCAGUUAAUCUUAAAUAACGUUAGGACAAUUGCUUUCUGCUUUGUUCGUCGAGUUUGUGAACUGCUAAUGAAAGACGUGAGGGUCCUGCUCCAGGAGAUGGGUAGGCCAGAUUUGGUAAAUGAAAUUAUGUCCUACCGAGGAGGAUACUCAGCCUCUGAUAGACGUAAGAUCGAGCAGGAGAUGUUUCACGGAGGAUUAAGAGCAGUGAUAUCAACAAAUGCAUUGGAAUUAGGAAUUGAUAUCGGAGGUUUAGACGCAGUUUUGAUGUGCGGCUUCCCUAUGUCGUUAGCUAAUUUCCACCAACAAAGUGGUAGAGCUGGUAGAAGAAAUGAGGAUUCAUUGACAGUUGUUGUUGCCGGUGAUUCACCUGUAGACCAACACUUUGUUUCCCACUCAGAGAUGUUGGUCGAUAUUAAUAAUCAGGAUGCCUUCCAAGAGUUGGUGCUUGAUUUUGAAAACAAGCUUAUUUUGGAAGGUCAUAUUCAUUGUGCUGCCUUCGAGCUACCAAUAAAAAUUGACAGAGAUUGUAAAUAUUUCAAUCCAAAGUAUCUUGAAGAUCUAUGUACUCGUAGAUUACAGCAUGAUGAAAAUGGCUAUCAUGCAAAUGACAAAUAUUUGCCAUGGCCUGCUAAGAUGGUAUCUUUAAGAGGCGAGGAAGAGGAUCAGUUUGCUGUUGUAGACAUCUCGAAUGGCAGAAACAUAAUAAUAGAAGAAAUUGAGGCUUCCAGGAUAACAUUUACUCUUUAUGAUGGUGGCAUUUACGUCCACCAGGGUUAUCCGUAUCUAGUGAAAGAAGUGAAUACGGAUGAAAAGUAUGCCAAGGUUCAAAGAGUUGAUGUAGACUGGUCAACCAGUCAGAGAGACUAUACUGAAGUGGAUCCUGAUGAAAUAGAAAUGAUAAGAUCGCUCGAUACCAGUGAUGUUCCAGUAUAUUUCGGCAAGAUCAAAACAACUAUGGUUGUUUUUGGCUUCUUCAAGAUUGAUAAAUACAACAAAAUUUUAGAUGCAGUGGAGACUCAUAAUCCUCCUGUCAUUAUAAACUCAAAGGGGUUAUGGAUAAAUAUACCAGCGAAGGCUUUGGAUUUAAUUAAAGAACGACAAUUGAACAUAGCGGGUGGUAUUCAUGCAGCGCAACAUGCUGUGAUUGGUUUACUGCCUCGAUUUAUUGUCGCAGGCGUUGAUGAAAUUACUACUGAAUGUCAGGCACCAGAAAAGGAGUUUGCCUCGAGACAAACAACGAGAAUACGACCAGCUAGGCUGAUAUUCUACGACUCAAAAGGUGGGACCCAAGGUUCUGGAUUAUCUUCUAAGGUAUUUGAGAAUAUAAAUAUUAUACUGGAGGGCGCACUACAGCGGGUUGAAGAGUGUCCAUGUGAAGAUGGAUGUCCUGACUGUGUUGCAGCUGCUUUUUGUAAAGAGCGUUCUAUGGUGCUGUCAAAGCCAGCGUCCAUUAUCAUCCUCCACACCAUUCUUGGUCAUGACGAAUCGGAAUACAUUGAUAGAGUAAAAUUUGGACCGGAACCUAAUAUGCCAGAGAUUAAAGUGGCAACAAUAGAACCGGUAAAGUCCCAGGUUAAGUUUGCUAAAGGGUUCCAAAUAAUUGACUCUAGGCAAGUAAAAGACGGAGAGGAAUAUCCAGUCACUUUUAAAACAGAAGAGUGA